GAAAGCAGCCAUACACGGCAGGCAGCGAGCAGUGCGAGAAGCAGGCUUUCGAGCGAGCGUUCAAUCCACAACUCUCGGCCAACCCCCCCGCUACCGGAAUGGAAUCGACCGUUACUGUAGCACGGCGAUUGCGUCGACGGCCAUGUUAGAUUCAAAACGAGCUUUCAGUAAAUAGUGUUGACGUACUUCGAGGCAGUCAGCUUAAAGGGGUCAUGGCAUUGCGAUUUACAGCCUCUCUACUCGGUCACCAGCAUUUGUCAAUUAUAGAGAUAAUAAAGUCAUGUGCCCAACGCCUCUCGUAGAGGGUAGGUGCCGAAUCUCAAGCAACCAUCUGCGUAUGCGGCUAGAGAACACCUACCACGUAAACACGGAGCGCUAAAACUACAGAGGAAAAAAUGCGCAGUCGAAAGAGGAAGCGUGGCGACGUCGGCAUGGCGGCAAGCUGGGGUUUAGCUUUUGUGUUGAGGUGCAUACUGCUGCUCCCUUCCCUCGCGACCGGGGAUGCACAGUUGCCUCAACCUUACCUGCCAAACAAUCUUGCCUUUCCACCGCGAAAAGUGUCCCCAGCGUCCUGCUCCAGCGCUUGCUACUACUGCACGGCCGACCAAACAAUGUGCCAGGGCGGUUCUGUGCGCGACCUUCGACUGCCUCCAUCCACGCUGAGACUCACCCUGGAGGGCGUCAAAGCGACCACGCUGGUCAAGGGAAUGCUCGGCGACAUGCCGCUCGCAUUCAUCUCGUGGCGCGACGGCGGCCUAACCAGGGUCAAUAGCGACGCGCUCGUAAACCUGACAGGGCUCAUCCACCUGGAUCUCAGCGAGAACGCCCUCAGUCAGCUGGGAGAUUUCAUGUUCCAGCGUCAGGAAGCGCUCAGACUGCUCAACCUGACGUCAAAUCAACUUUCGUUUUUGCCGCAGUUUGUUUUUCAGGGACUCGAAAAUUUGGAAAUACUGCACCUUGCUCACAACAAGUUCACCACCCUGCCACACAGAGCGUUCGAGCCACUACGUGAGCUGCAGACGCUCGACCUGAGUGGGAACCUCCUCACCACUAUACAAGACGUUAUCCUUCCGCCACACAAUAAGCUCAUCAACCUGCUACUUAGCGGUAACAGGAUCGAGGAUAUUAGGCCUGAAGCAUUCCACGGACUGCUCGACUUGCAGAUUCUCGACCUUUCAAAGAACAACCUGCAGAACGUCACGGCCAAUUUAUUGCACGGACUGCACGACCUGAGAUACCUCGACUUUGGAGAUAAUAAGCUGGAAAUUUUACCCCAACGCAUAUUUCGGGACAUGGAGCGGCUGUUGCAACUGAAUCUGAGCUCCAACCCUUUGAUGACGCUGGACAAGGGUGUUCUCGCCCCUUGUGCCCACCUCGAAUCGCUUUACCUCACCAACACGAAAAUUGCGCACUUGAAAGACACCGAUUUUAGAAACUUGCGAAGCUUAAAGCACUUGCAGCUUUCAAACAACAAAUUCCUCAAAGAAAUAGAAGACUACGCGCUGGUGCACUCAACUCGAAUGCGACACCUCGACUUGCGCAACAACAACCUAACUCAGUUCCCUUAUUCGCUGAGUUCGUUGAUCGGGCUGCGAGAGCUGAUGGUUGCGGGCAACCCCUGGGCUUGCGGAUGUCGUUCGCUGUGGUUCAUCAAUUUGAUGCGCAAUUCCAAGAUCAGAAUGCAACCGACCUUGCAGCAGAUGGAGUGCUCGCCAAAGACAGACAACAAUUUCAUAAGUCAAGUUCUGGCCGUAAACUGCACGCCCACGCAGCCUGAGCCGAUCGCGGAAACGGCUACCGUGCAAUUCCGAUUCGGCGGCAGGGCCAAGCUCGAGUGCAAGUUUUCGGGGCACCCGACCCCCUCGAUAACGUGGCUGACCCCAGAGAGAAGAACAUAUCACUGGUCGCCACCCGAAAAUCCGCGAGAGGGUCCACCGAUUUUCAGACACCAUCCCGAGUCGCACGACGCUGAUUUAAGACCACUGGAAACGGGCCGCGUGUUCGUUUCACCGGGAGGCGAGCUGCUCAUUUCCAGGGUGCUGCGGGAAGAUGCGGGAAGGUACACUUGCUUCGCAUCUAACGCUUUGGCAAACGCUAGUAUGACUGUGAUAAUGAAGCUGGAUCCGAUUACGAUGCACCAGAUCCAAUACAUCAGCCUUGCCUUCGGUGGAGGCUGCGCUCUCACUUUUCUCAUCUGCACCCUGAUUGUGCAAGGCAUCCGGAAACUCGCUAGAAGGCUCGGCUGUUGCGCCAAUUGCUGCUGCGAACGGUGGUGCGAAGACGAAAUAAAUCCUCGGUCACCGCGCUCGAAACAUGUAAAUCAAGUGCUCGAGACGAUCGAGCAGUACAAAACGCAGCAACUGGAAAAGCUCCGAGACAACUACACACAGCAGGUGCAUCGCAUCAAGGAGAACUGCACACAGCAAGUCGAGUGGAUACGCGAGAGUUACACAGGGCAAAUCAAGCAUCUAAAAGACUUCAGAGACUAUGGCACGACACACAUCACCUCCAUCAGGGGUCAAUACUAUGAGCAGGUGAAGCGCGUCCGCGACUAUUCUGUUAAUCAGCUCAAUUGGGUGCGCGAGAACUACGUCUUCCAACGAAACCGAAUUAAGAAAUUCAGUGCUCAUCAAGCUUUUCGGCUGCGCGAGACUUACAAAUACCAGCAGCAGACGCUCAAUAGGCUGCUCGAAAAUCUGCCAAGUUUGUACCUGGAGAACUGCCGGUCGGGCGCGUGCGGCCGCACCGACUCGAUCAACUUUGACUCGUCCACCUUUGCCGAGGACGAGGAGCUCCGACACGUGGCCAUCGGCACCGAGGACCACGUGUGGUACCAAAGCCGGCAAUCCGUCUACUUCACGCCAACAGAGCUGAUGAGUCCAACCGUGCCACCCCGGCCGCGCCACUACGUUGUCCAGAUGGACAACACCGAGAUGGCGCUCAAACUGCAGGCUUGCCUGCAAAAGCUGUCUGACCAGCAGUCUGACGACGAAGACGAAACGACCGAGCCGCAAAACUCGCCCUACUUUUCAGCUGGCCUCAACAGCCACUUGCGGCAGGAAAGAGCAUGUGCCGAGGAGGUUGUCAACCUCCUGCAGAUUGCGUCCAGGGAAGAGGCGAGCGUGGACUUCGAACCUGUCCAAGAAGAGGAAGGCCCGAGUCUCAAGCGCUCGCUGUGCAAGGACGAAAUGCCGCUGUAAGCGUAGCUGGCUUGCGAAUGUGCAGUGGAAAAAAUUCGGUUCUGUGAUAUUGUGACACGUGAGUGAGCGGAACAAUUACCGUCGUGCAUCUGGCCAAUCUAACAGAAGGAACGCCGCGUGACCAACAUUUAUUCGACAGUUACGUAAUGCAAGUAUUAACCGGUAGAAGACAAAGUGAGCAACAUCGUAUAAGUAUUACCUUAUUCCGUACUUUCGUGUUUUCAGUGUUUCUUUUGUUUUAUGCAACAUAUUUCUUAAUCGUAUUUCAGUAUAAUGUUCUCCUGGCGAUAGUAAUUAUACGCAGGUUAUUAGUACACUAAUUUUGUAGAUCUUUUCCCACAUGCCCACCUUUCAAAAGCAUGGUUGUACACUCUCAGCACAGUAAGCCAUCCCUGAUAUCAAGCAUUAUCUAUUCAUGGACCGUCACAAAACACGGAAUUAAAUACAGUAUAAAUCCCUCGAAGUGGCACAUUCACUGAGAGGCGCAUAUAUAGCGUUCAAAAGCACCUGUUUAAACAUUUUCGCACAGGUCGUGAGAAAAAAAAAACGAGCUGUAGCUCUCUCAAGUAUAUACAGAUGCAACCAUUUAGGCGAAAAAAAUAUAAAUUAAAGGCAGGAAAAUGAUGUUGUGUUGAAAUAACACGAGACAAAUUUUUGUUACACUAAUAACUACACUACUUGCAAAUGCAUGUCAAUUUAAAGAAAGGUAAAAUAGAUCAACUAAAAGAAUCAAUGUUUGGUGUUAGGAUGGGAGUUCUAUAUGGCCCAUCCUUCUUAUUGAAAGCGCUGAUCUAUUAACCAAAUAUAUUUACUGACAAAGAAUUGGCAAGACUUUCUUUUACACAAAACUGCUCAUGUAAGCAUAAGAGUUAAUAUGAAUGGGUAGAUUUUUGGUAACUAUAUAGGCAUUUUUGAACAUAUACAUUGCAGCAACUAAGUAGACCAGACCCAGUGUAAGCAUUUUAGAUGUUCCAAAUAUGCUUGAUUGUAUAUUCUGUUGUUAGGUAUGUUCCUGCUAUUUGUUACAUUUGAGUGUCUAUGUCAGCAUAAAUAAAGAAUAAGGACUAAAAAGGCUGAAACCCAAUAUGUCUUAGUUUUCUCAUGAUCUUAUAUCAUCCUAGGUUCUAACUGAGAAAGUAUUUAACAAAAUUAUAAAGAAAUGAUUAAAACAGAUAAACAUUAUUGUCACAAAGCUUUUGCCAAGGUUGAAAUAUGUAUAUUUUGUCACUUGUUGCUAGUGAAAGAUUCAACCGAACCUAUCCAUUAAAUGUAGUUAUAAAAAAUAAAAUGACUAAAAAAACUUACAA